UGAGUGACAUCCUCCAGCCAUCAUUGUUGCGCUGGCCAUUGCUUUCUCUUCCCUCUACAGUCAUCCUUCUGAAAAUGUCCAGUCAGGCGGCGUCGUCCUCAUCGUCCUCCGUGGCAUCUUCCAGCGUUAAGUUCAGGAAACGCAAAUGGACGCGCGAACAGCUGCUCAAGAGUCUCGAGAUAUUGGGCUCUCUGUCGGCACCGCUGCCCCCAGAGUUGCCACCUUCUCCUCCCUGCUCCCGGUCAAACUCCCCUGUUCCGUCCUUCACCAAGAGAAAGCAUGCACCUUCUCAAGAUCAUGAACUUGUAAAGCGGCCUCGCAUCAGCAGCUCCUCAGAGAGGUCCUCUCAACUCCAUCACCCCCACUACCACCACUAUCAGCAACCCCAGCCACCGUUACUAGCCCCACUCCAUAGGUCCUCUAAUCAAGUACCUAAUUACAGCCUUCGCUCUGAGCCAUCUGAAGAUGGUGAACUCAGAGAGGACUCUGUUUCUCUUACUUCCCGUCCUUCGGCGCUUCCUGUUCUCUCAACAGCAGUACCUGUCCGGAGGCCCCGGAGAGGCAAGGUCGCACUUGCUACAUUUGAAGAUUUGCACGACAGAUAUCAUAGAUAUGGCAGGAUGCUUAAGUAUUCAGGCGAUGCAAGAUUCUGGUCCACUUAUCCUCCCACUCACAAGGAGUAUCGUCCACUGAACGACCCGCCUCCACCCAAUUCUCCGUAUCACAAACACGGUGGCUUGAUUGCACGCCUGGAACUAGUUGAUGCUUUGGUAUGCUUCACGUACUCGAUAUGGUGCCGAGAAUACAUUAGGCGAACGUGCCAUCGUGAAACUUGGGGCACAAUUGAAGCCUUUCUUGACUGGUGCAAGAUCAAGUGGCAGUCCGAGGACGUGCUCGGGGACCGCGAAAAGGCCCUGUUGGGCUUGAUUUGGAUGAUCGAAGCUUUCGUCCACUCGCGCAUUCUCUAUUAUACGGCCAAAACGAGCGUUGACCCUGAGUUGGAUCGUGCGUGGGCCAAGAUGAAGUCGGAGAUGGCUGCCCUCAGCCGGGAGGCGGAAAGGACGGAGAUGGGAUCGGCGAGUACCACUGGGCAACAUGUCAGCGGCCCCCAAAAGACUCCACCGAUGCUUCCUUCUCCCGCAAGUAUUGCUCCUGAUAGUAGUGCCAGUUCAACGCCCAUCACAGGCAGCGCGGGGGGCACUCCGAGCACAAGCAAUUCUCUCGUGGCGCAGACAUUAUCUUCUGCACGGGUCUCACACGCCACCAACCCUGCAACCCUGCCGUUGUCACGCCACCUGCUUCCACACGUCAGUAAUAGAUCGGAUGGACCCAGUCCUACGCCAGCCAUGGUUGCCGCCGCUGCUAAAGCCACCGUCUCCCUUGGGCCAGCAAUGGUUUACCAGCUGAAGGAACAGUCGGGUGCGGUGUUGUCGGCGUCCUCUUCCAUGGACCAUGCGCAACGGUACUUAACGCUCCCCAUUAUGGCUCGGCACUACCCGAUCACUUUCGCACGAAUGAUGGGUUCGAGCCUAGCUGCACAUGAGGAGCAUGAACCAGACAUCGAGGACGAAGAAGGGGAGUUACUCUGGCCCACCCAAUCAGUCACUGGUGAAGGCCUAGGGUGGGUGUGCCUCAUGGGAAAGGCUAUGGUCAAGGAGCUAGGGAGAGAUAUUGGGUAUGUAGGUCUUCAUGGUGUGGUUCGGAAGCCGGAGGCGGCGCCUGCUGGAGCAUCACCGCUACCCCCAGAUUCCUCGAGGCAGGUGUCUGCUCAACGAUGAGCUACUUAUCAAAUUCCAAGAGUUGUACUUCAGCCUUUGGGGUAUUCCUUUACCGUUUCUCGCCUCGCGCUCGUCGGUAUUCAUACACACCAUGGCGCGAUGCAUCCACCACACCGUGUCACACGCCAUAUGACACUCGGAAAUUCUCGGCGGCAAGACCGAAUUCGCUGUAAUCGUCUGUUGCCCUCCACAUCUCGACGAUCAAUUCAUUGUUUUAGUAUUCUCUUCUCGCACCAGGGAGAAGCUACUUGGGUUUGACACUUCGUCAUCCUGCGGGGA